AUGAAGAUUCAUAUGCUAUCCCGAAAGCCCUCAGAUUAUCUGCGAGAGACAGCAGACGAUAUUUUUAAAAUGCCUCGUAAUUAUUCGGGAAACGAACAUCCCUUUGCCUCCGAAAGGGAGUAUAUUAGAGCUUUAAAUUCGGCUAAGUUGUCUCGGAUGAUGGCAAAACCAUUUCUCGGUUGUCUUGAAGGCACUACCGAUAGCAUGACCGUCAUGUCUUUGAAUACAGAAAAAGUCGGUCUGGCCGUGUUCGGUACUGCUGACGGAAAAAUUCAGUAUUGGGACAUUUCUUCACGAAAAUGUGUGUACGAAACCGCGGCUCAUGCUGGUGAGGUUCGUGGGAUAUGUCAAUACAAUAAAUCCCAACUAAUGUACACUUGUGGCUUGGAUAGUCAGCUAAAGCAGUGGCGAAUGGAUCAUAGUGCUAUUGAGACUGCUUGGGCAGAGCCUCUGAAUACAACUAUUCUUAACUGGACACCACUUAGUCUUGAUCAUCAUCCCUCAAUGGAUGCCAUCCUUGUCGGUGCUUCCGAAUCUUGCCUACUUUAUCAAUCCACCCGGAUGGAUGUUCCCGUCCGAGAAUGGACUUGGGGCCGAGAGGCCAUUCAUCAGGCUUCCUUCAAUCCUGUGGAACACAACAUUGUCGGCAUCCUGACAAAGGAUAACUCCAUCGUAUUGACUGACACGCGUGUAGACCAACCUCUGCGGAAGCUAAAAAUGAACCUCAAACUAAACGCAUUUUCGUGGAAUCCAAUGGAGCCAUAUGUUUUCACUGCUGCCUCUGAGGAUUACAAUCUCUACGCUUAUGAUUGCCGCUUCUUCAAACACCCAAAACGCGUGUACAUCGGUCACACUAACGCUGUCAUGGCUGUGGAUUACUCGCCUUCCGGACGUGAAUUUGCCUCAGGCAGCUACGACGGCACUAUUCGACUUUGGAGCGCCGAUCAGACCUCGUCCUUCGACGUUUACCACACACGACGAAUGAAGCGUGUGCUCCAAGUGAAAUUCACACUGGACGGUCACUUCUUGCUAUCUUCUUCGACCGACCAGAACGUCCGGCUGUGGAAGGCACACGCGUCGGAGAAGCUCGGACCAAUGAGGCCUCGGGAGCGCGAGUCGUUGGCGACCGCGGAGGCUCUGCGCGACAAAUUCAAGGAGCAUCCAGAGGUCCGGAAGAUUCUCAAGAACCGCCACGUCCCCAAGUCGAUUCACGCAGCUACGAAAGAGCACCGCAUUAUCCGCGCGAAAGAACGCCGCAAGCUGCGAAAUGUGAUUGUCUUCAACCACUCAAAGGAGCCCGUUGUACCGGAAAAGGAGAAGCACACAGCGGCAUUGUACAAAUAA